UUGUGUAGUAGCCGGAUCUGGGACUCUUGGUAUUUCAUAUGCUCUACAGCAAGGAGGAUGGAUAUCUUUAAUACUUUUGAUUCUAGCAGCACUUAUGUCUACAUAUACAAGCAUAAAAUUAAUCGAAUGUUUAUAUCAUGGUAAAACACGUAAAACUUCGGUAUCGGAAUUGGCAUAUUAUGCGUUUGGCAAUCCUGGAUUAUGUGUG